AUGGACUCCCAGUGGCAAGCAGAAGAUCUGACCAUCGCCAAACUCCACAAACUCCUCCGUAUAGACCCCUCCAUCGGCCCAGACCUAGUAAACAAAUACCUGGAAGCAAUCAACCAACACAACGGCACCCUCAAAGCCCUCAUAACAAUAAACCCCGAAGCCACUUCAACCGCCAGGGCCAAAGUCCACGAAACAACCCUCCUCAACAAAACAAACACCCCCUACCCACCAUUACACAGUGUCCCCAUAAUCCUGAAGGACAACAUCAGCACAGCGCACCAACCAACAAGCGCCGGCGUCCUCGCCCUCAAAACCCUCCACACAAAAGACUCCAUUCUCGUCUGCAAACUCCAAUCCGCCGGCGCAAUAAUCCUAGCAAAAGCCAACCUUCACGAAUUCGCCUUACAAGGCACAACGCUCUCCUCACUGGGCGGCCAAACGCUAAACCCACACGACCUAACCCGCACACCGGGCGGGUCUUCAGGCGGGACGGGGGCGGCGCUGGCAGCGAACUUUGGCUUAGCAGGUUGUGGGACGGACACGAUGAAUUCACUGCGCUCACCUGCGUCCGCGUGCGGGAUAGUAGGGUUCCGGCCGUCGACGGGGAGCGUGUCGAGUGUGGGGAUUGUGCCUGUUUCCAAGACGCAGGAUACGGCGGGGCCGAUGGGGAGGUGUGUUGCGGAUGUGCGGGUGAUGUAUGGGGUUAUGAAAGCGGAGAGUUUGGAUAUGGUGAGAGGUGGUCGACGUGGUGGAAUCCGGAUUGGAGUGUUGGAGGACUAUUUCCAGCCUGUGAUGCAGGGAGAUGCAGACGCAGAUGUGAAGGCCGAGUAUCUCGCCGAAAACCAGACGGUGCAGGAUAUUGUCCGGAGAAGUCUGGAUAUGAUACAGGAUCAAGGAGAUAUCGUAUUGGUACCUAUUCAUUCAUGCAAUCAUCCAGACUGGAGCAUUGAGACGCUUCUCGCGAAAGGUGAUACACAGGCAUUCGAAUUCAAGGAGUGUCUGGACGAGUUCCUGCAGUCAGGUCUGAUCGAAUCUACACCGCAUCUAUCCCUCGAAUCAAUCGCUCAGAGCGGCGAGUUCGAGGCACAGGCCAUGACACAUGUCUUCUCUGCUGCGCGGGAAGAUCCCGAGAUGUUCUCGACGACAAGUGAUGCAUACCGCAGUCGACUGGAGUAUAUCGCUGCGCUGAAAGUGGGUGUGGAGGAAUGUUUUGAGAAAUACGAUAUCGAUGCACUGGCAUACCCGCAUCAGAGACAGUUGGCUGUGAAGAUUGGUGCGAGGACGCAGCCGGGACGGAAUGGUGUGUUGGCUGCGUUAACGGGGAGACCUGCUAUUUGUAUACCCGCUGGGCGAAGUCCUAAGACUGCAUCUGCUGUACGGGGCGUCCCCAUUGGCCUGGAGCUGAUGGGUAGGCCUUGGGAAGAUGACGGACUGCUAGACCUCGCAGAGCGAGCCGAAAGAAUCCUCCAAAGCAGGAACAGGGAACAAGCCUGCCUUGAAUCGAAUGUAGAGAAAUAA